GCCGUAGGUGAAAUGUAUAUACGGUGAUGUUUGGCCUAACAGUAACACUACAUCUACCAUUGUUUUGCUGGUUAAUCAUAAUGACAUCUUGGUGAUACAUAUAUAAUGGACCAUCAAAGUGAAGGAGAUGGAAAUACUGUUUUAGAUGCUCGUGAUGUGUAUGUGUUAAUGAGGCGUGGAUGCCGGAUCUCCAGAAAUAUCCGAGCAUCAUGGUACUUUCAGCAUCUCAACUCUGUCAUCCCGUUCACGCCCCAGGAACAUGUGGUGAGUUUAGAAUGGGAGUCAGAAGAAGAGUUAUCUAUCUUGUCAGUGGUGCCACCAGAUGGCCAACCACCACUCUCGCCAGGCCAAACCUACAGUGUGUGUAUCACCCCACAGACCAUUGUGACCUUCCUGGCUUCUCGAUAUCGCCUGGCCUUCACCCUUGACCUUAGCCCUUCAAUCAUGUCUGUGAAUAUCUGCGAUGGCUUGGUUGUGAAUGAUGAGUUGAUGCUAACCCUCAGCAACUGUCUACAUGGCCUUGUCAAACCGUUUCAGAUUCCAGGGAGCAGUAUUGUGUUCACACCCGAGCUGUUUGUGACUGUUGUGGUCCACACUCCUCUUGUAUUGUCUAAAACCAACCAGACUCUGGUGCAAGGCAUGCGAGUGAAUGUGAAGAAUGUGGAGGACUUCCUGGCUGUAGUACAGAGGGAGCUGGACAGCUUCGAGUAUGCCCUGUGUCAGACCUUCUAUAGGUCCUUGGACAUCAGUCAGAACAAGAUCUUAGAGCAGUACCCAGAAGCCCUGGAAGAUGACAGUGAGAAGCUUGACCUGAGGAAGUCAGACCUGAUCAGCAGCCCGGAGGCCGGCUUCAUCAACAUGAUGAGAUAUGGAAUCCUGGCACUACAGCUGCUGCCAGAUAACUCUAGAGCUGGCAUCAUCAUCCUGACUGAUGGGAUGGUGGGCCUGCCGGACGCCAACAUCCUGGAGUCUCUCCUCACACAGUUGAGGAACAGCACCAUGGCGUGUUCCUUCAUAAAAGUUGGCAGCUGUUCCCUGCACCAGCAGCUUGGCCAUGUGCCACACACAGAACUCAUGCAGUUCAUCGCCACGGCAACAUUUGGCGCCUACUUCGCAUCUUUUCCUGAUCUGCAACAGUGCAACAGCCUUGAUGCCAAUGUGUACCACCGAGCUCUCUACUUCUGGAACUUUCAGAAAGGACUUGAAGGGUUUAAAUAUGAACUGACCCACCAAACCAUCCCUGAUUCCUUUGCAAGUAUUCAGAAACAAUUGUACGCUCAUCCACUUGAGGGUCGAAGUGCAAUGGCAGACAUAUUGCGGAAGAAACAUUUAGAGAAGAAUGUCAUGGCCAAUAUAGCCAGUGUGUUGUCUGUUCGACUCCGAGAGGGCUACACUAUCAAGGAUGUUGCUAUCACGAAAGGUGGAACUCAGAUAGAUGUGAAGAUGGUUCUACCUUGGCGUGACUAUGUCCGGAUCGAGUACUCUGCUGUUUCAUCAUGGCCUUUAGACCCAAAAAGUAAGCACUCACAGAUGGGAUUUGGGAGGCAGCAGACGUAUGUUGAGAUUUGCCUGGAGGGGGAGUAUGAGUUCCUCCAUGAGAUUACCUGUGCCAGACAGAGUGCCAAGAACGCCUACAGAACAUUCAACAUCAGGAAGUUUUGGCACAUACUGCAAAGACUGCGAGAGACAGAUCAACUGCUGUCCCAUCUCCAGUCCUUCUCAACAACCUCGGUAUACUACACUGUACCGGAGAGCAUCAGAAAUGGGGUGCCACUGUUCUACCAGGCAGCUGACCAGGCCUCCACAUCACCCCUGCUCAACACUCAGCUACAGGCAAAGGAUGCCACACUCACUCAGUUCGCCUCAUUUUGGAAGCCUGUGAUUCUCCUGGACACCAACAUCUGGCAGAAAUGGAUGCACACCCACAGAAUUGGUUUAGUGUUGGAGCACGACAUGCCACUGCCUAAAUACCUGCAUGUCCCCAACGCGAGUGGUCGCUUCAACGUGAUCCAGUGUCGACAGGCCCUUACGUCCCUCAACAUCCACCUGCGUGAGUGGGCCACCUUCGUCCUGAUGGAGAACCACUCCUACAUCAAACUGCUGUUUAGGGAUCAGGACAAGCCACCCUCCUUCUUCUGUGUCCUGCGUGUGACUCACAAAGCUCCGCUGAUGGUCCUCAGACUUGCUUUCCUAGGCGGAACACCGAGCCAGGUACGCAAUGAUGUCGUCUCCAGCCUCCUCAAGUCGAUCAAGGAUCUCCGCUUCCCUCAGCGAGGAACACAGGAUGUUGACAAGAGGAAGAAGCUUCCCCGAUUGAAACCAGAUGCUGCCAAAGUCCAUGUGAAGAAGCCUCCAUUGUUACGAGACUGGUCGGAUAUACACUGUGGAACCAUCCUCACAAAGCCUGCCGAGAAAAUACUCAUCAGAUAUGAACGUCAGCCAGUUGACAUGACCAUUCUAGAGGACCCAACAAAAGAUGUCCCAAGCUUCUACUUAUUGGCGCCAAUGGCCAACUCCAUGAAGUCUGCUGCCAGCAUGUUCAACACUCUGUCUUGCUAUCUCCACCACCAGCGCUGGAUCUGGACCGUUCGCCAGAAUGCUGUCACGCCCAUCAGCCUCCCUGCAAUUGGCAGAGUACUCAUGACUCUAGCUAAGAUUCGUCUUCAGGAGGGAUUUCAUUUUGCGCUUACCAAAGCAGGGAUUGUCAACAUGAUUCUUGAAGUUGAUAUGAAGGACCUCCGAGAUCUGGAAGCAGAUGAGAGUGACGCAUCGAACAAUGAGCCAGACUCCUGUCUCAUCCAGUAUAUAAUCUUCCCUCCUCAUAACAAGACCACCAGAGACAGUGUGUCCGAGGAAGACAUGGAUGAGAUGGAAACAACGGAAGCUGAUGGGGAACUCCAGAUCGUGACUGAGUGUUGGGUGGAGCCCCAGUAUGGAGUCUCUGUCAACAACACCCCUGAGAGGACUCACUUCAACUUUAAAACACACCAGGAAAUAGGGAAAUCUUUCUUCCCGGUGGACUACGAGUGUAUCUCCAGCUUGGUGACGUUUGAACAUCUCAUCUACCAGUGUCGGAACUGUCCCAUCCUUCCCUCACCGGUGCCAGAUUCCCAGUCCUCUCACUCCUGUCCACCAAGUCCACGGUUCCGUAAGCAGUAUGUGCGAGACGACAGCCGUAGACUGGAGACAUCCAUCUUCAACAUCCCCUUUCCCUUCGACCUGCUGGCCCUCCUUCCCAAGUCUCAACAGGCAGAGCUCCUCUUCUCUACAUUCAUACCUCCAACAAAGAUAACCUACAAUGCCGAGGAAGUUCCCAUUGAUCCCAAAGGCUCCAACAACCAACUGUUUGCCAUCCUGUUUGAGAGUCUGAAAGGAACAGGGCUUCUUAGUAAGGAGAAUGUCCAUGACAAAGAAAUCCCACUCACAUCUGAAGACUGUGCUGGGUUUCUGAACCUUCUGAAGUCCAGGAAGAGAGAUCCUAGCAAAAAUCCCCUCCCUUUUAACUUCAUCAACAGCAGCCAUGAAGCAACACCCACACCAGAAGACAAAACCACAGCGGAUGGCAAAACUUCAGACCCCAAAGCUACAAAGGAUGCAGAAAAGGUUAAUAAGGAAAGCAAAGUUCUUGGAACUCCAAAACUGAAGGAUUCCAAACUAGGCAACUUUGAAAUAAACUCCCCAUUUUCCAAUUCUCCUUUGAACAAGAGCUAUGGCACUCCCAUUAAACCUUUGGAGAAACAGCCAUCGGAUGAAGAGGCUGCUUGCCCGAUGUGGAGAUGCUUUGCUUCUGCAAAGACGGACACUCACAUGUUCCUCACAUUUGUUCCAGCAAGCUUUGAUGAUCUCCUUCUGCUCAACAAUAUUACAGAGUUUGGUAAGGAUGAAGCUGAAGAGUCUGGGAAUAAAGAAGAAACAGCUGAACAGGAUGAUCAAAUUCCUGAGGAGACUCAACCCUCUUCUUUAUCCAAACCUGUGACAAAUUCUGAUGUGGAGCAAGAUUUGAGAGAUGUUGAGGAUGAGGCAUCAGUUGAUCCUGAACUGGAAGAUGAAGGUCAUACUGUCAUUAUGGAAGGAGUUGAAGAUUCUGAAAUGCAGAAGGGAUCUGCUGAAGUUACAGGCGAAGUUCCUGAAGGUGGUGAAGUUCUGGAAGACAAACCAUCUCAACCACAUCCUCUGUUACUGCCAAUAUAUGUGUAUGAUUGCUACCAGCAUAAUGUCGUGGACUCGCUGGUCAACAGAUGGGACUUCACGCAAUAUGAGGACAUCUAUGAGGACAUGUCUUUCGACAUGGCUGACCUGGACAAUACUCAGUUAUAUGGCAAAAUGACAGCAAGUCCUCGAGGUCGCUUACUGUCUUGUGACAAUGAGGACAGUGUAAACGAAGAAGAGAGUGACAUUCACAGAUUGAACUGGAGGUCAUCCAUAGACCGCAGAUCUAAUGAUAGCAUCUGUGAAGGAGGGACUUCAGCCUUCAGGCAGCAUUGUGUGGUCAUCUCUGAGACGUACCUCAGAUGCUUUGUUACUGGUGUGUUUAAGAGUCUACAGCAGGGCUUCUACGUUGAUCAGCGGGAUGUCAAUGCAGCCAUCAACAACAUCUGUGAGGAGUCGUGUCCCCUGGAGACCGACAUGACCUACUUUCUCCAGGCAUCCUGUGGUCACUUUCAGCACAUCGCGGACAAAGCCCGGAAGGAGAGCGGCACCACCAAAGAGGCAGUCAAACACCCUCGGAAACUGUCUGUUAGGUUCAUGGACGUGGUGGAAGACACUGACAGUGAUGUGGAAGUCCUGGACUCCAGGAUUCCGGCCGUGCUGCAGCUGCCCAAAGUGUCCACCACGCUGACCAUUCCACUGAAGGGGGCUUGUCCUUGUGAUAUGGUUGAUGGUCUGCGUGAACUAGUGCGUUCCAAGUUCCUGGGUAUUGUACAGAAGUGGUUCCGUCCAGUCCCGACCCACCCUGACUUCUACUUCUACUGCUCGGACAGCAUGUUGCAGGAUGUCUCACUGGAGGAGAGUCAGGAGGAUGGGGAACUGUCUGACAGCCAACAUGGUGACAACACAGACACGAGUCAGACGGAGCACACAGACGAUGAAUACAUUGAAAUCCGUUCAGAAGAAAAGAUGUUGCGAAAUGGUCACAUUCAGGAGGACAGAUUGUCGGUUUUGUCCAGCAUGGGGUCCACUCACUCGUCUGAGUCAGAGCUUGACCUUGACCUCACCACGGAGCAGAAGGAGGAAGAGGAAGAGCCACUCUUCAUCCACUUCACCUGCUCCAUGAAGAAUGCCGGCAGCUCACACUUUGUCUCCAUCAGGUCACUGCCACAAUGUCUGGUUGACAUUUGGACAAAAAUUGAAGAGGAAGUCAGCAUCCUUGACCUUGAAAAUAUGAGGUUCACCUUUGACAUCAACUGCAUGACGCUGCCCAAUGAGCUGGAUGUCCCGCUGAUUGGCAAGCCGUCAUACAUUCGGAUGUUGUCGGGAUCAAGCAUUACUCCUUCAUCGCCCCACAACGAAAGUGACCAAGAGGACACUGCCUUCUCUAUCAUCUCCUCAGAUGGCUUCAGCAAGCCACUGAUGGGAGAUCCUAUUGGCCACCUGCCCAAGGUCCAACAUGGAGCUGUCCUUAAGUGUAAGGAAGAGAUCGAGUGGCUGCUGUCAGAUGAGAUCACAUCGUCUCUACGGAACCUGCAGCCCAUCAGCGCUGAUGCUCUCAAGUUUGUGACGGAGCACAUCAAGUCGUCAGUACAGCGGGGGAAGCCAGCCUGUGUUCAUGACAGAGUCGAACUUAUGUUUGUCUACGGAGCCGACCAGAGCCUUGGCAGGUUCACAGAGGAGUUUGAGAGGAUGCACUUACCAGGUUAUCACUGGACGAAGGAGGGAGACUAUUACUUUGUCAUCAUCGACCGAGCACGUGCCAUUCAGCUUCGGCAGCAUGCCCGCGAUCUCAAGUCUGCCCUGGCAGAACUGGAGUCUGGAGACAUCCCCCCAGGGUGGAAGGACCCCACCUGCCGACUGUUUCCGGCCAUCGAGGAGAGAAGCAACAGUCUUCCCAGCGUCCUGCAUCCAGUUGACCAGUUGACCGCCAAGUGUGUUGACUCGCCUGAUCCCAUCACUCCUGAGAUAGAAGAUUUCAGGCAGAGAACAGUCGGAAAUGACAUGGGUUCUGAUUCUGUUGAUGCCAAGUUGUCGAAACCUGAUGAGCCUACUCUCCCAGCAAUGGUUCCAACAUCUCAUAUAUUGGAUGUCCCCAAAAUUGACAGAGAGCCUGUGGAGAGUGGAGAAGGAUCAUUGAAGAAGUCUUCCAGUUUUGCUGGAUUUCAGGCAGAAACACAGCAUGAAGAGAUUCAGCAGACGACAGGGGGUGGUUCAACGGCUCGCCCCACCUUGCCACACGUUCGAGGUCGACACUACUCGGCUCCAUCAGGGCAGGGGACUCCACACAGCAGGUCGUCAACUCUGCCGCACACACCCUCACUGUUCUCUUCCAGGGGAAGCUACACUGAAGAUGGGUAUGAUGGGGACUCUAGUGAUGGUGACCUUGAUGACACAGCCUCCACCAGCGACAGCGUCCCGUCGUAUCCCCGUCUGCCCAAGUUCUGGCUCAUACUGCAGAUCAGCAAUGAUCACACUGACAUAUUCUUCCAUACCAGGGAGACAGGACAUGAAGAAGGGGAGGAGACUGUACACUACCAGUCCCUCCUGGAGCUGGUCAACAAGUCCAUCAACAGGAUCUCCAAGAAGGUCAACCAGCAACUGCUCCUGGAGGACCUGAAUGACACCCACAUGUGUAACAACCUGCUGGUCCCUGAAGCAGACGAAGACAUCUCCUGGGCAGACAAGAGGACUCUAUCAGGACGUUCAGCUCCAGACAGUUCUGAGGUGGAGGAGGAGGAAGAAGGGGAAGAUGGCAAGGGGAAUAACUACCUGUUUGCUUCCCUCAAACUGAGGCCUGGCUUCUUCGCCUGCGACUGUGUGUGGACCAAGAACUUUGUGCUACACCCCAGACUGAAGACUGCCACAGGCAGAGGCAACGUCUCAAGAGGAUUCCUGGCUCUUCGCAGUGUGCUGAAUAAGUUUUCUGUGAACAACCGACGGAAUAUGUUUGUGAUCAGAGAGACAGAGUCAGCUUCACGCAGCGUGUUCUACCUCCGAUUGAAGGAAACAAGAGCCCCUGUAAACAGUGAGGAUGUGUCUUCGCCUCUUGAGGAGAGCUUCAGUAGAGGGAUGAUAGCCAGCCUCAAGAAGGAGAGUGACUAUGACAUGAGUGAGGCGGACACUGUGUCCAUUGUGUCGGGAGUCAGCCGGAUGUCUUCCAGGGAGGAGGAUCUUGUACAGAUCCAGGUGUAUGGCAUUGAGGAGAUAGGUUCUGAGAUUCGGGAGGAGCUGAUGCGACUGCUGCAGAAGAAGCUGGAUGAAGCUGUGCUUGAAGUAAUAUCAGUGAUGCUUAACAGAAACCCCAAGUGUAAACUCAAGCCUGAGGAUGUCCAUUUCAUCCAGCGGCCCGACCAGGAGCCUGUCGAGGUGCUACAGCUGACCAUCCCCAGCCAUGCCAUGAUGUACCUCCAGGCCCUCAUCUUCUACCUCCGACAGAACCUGCUGCAGUUCCUACACACGCCAAACUAUGUGGAUGCAGUGCCCGAGUACCACUUCCAGGACUGUGUUGAAGGUCAAACAGGGGCUAUACCACAAGAAGAUGCCUUCCUGUAUCUGAGGCCUCAAGCUAUUGGAGGAAAAGGUAUUGCAUGUAUCAGCCUGUCUCUGGCUGAUGGUACAGGGAGCCCGGUGAAGCUGCUGAGUUGCCCCAAGCCGUGCAGCAUGUCCUCCACCAAGAUACAAGGCCCAGAGGAGUUCCAGCGUCUGGUGGAAACGUUCAUUCAUCAGCCUAACCCCUCCCCCUCCAGACCAGGCCCCACAGCGCUGAUCCAGUUCAAGGUCUGGGAGAACGGCAGCUCCGACAUGAAGGCCCUGCGGGAACGCCUGAUGAAUGCAGUGCGGUAUUCCCUGUGUGACGUUGUGAUGGAGUACACGCUGCUGACUGCGCCCAUCUGCCACAUCCCUCGACAUCUUCAGGAGGGCUUCCCCCUUCCCAUGUGUUCUGUGCCCAACUCACCUACGAGCCCCAAGGACCCACCCAACGAGACACGUGACCGGCGCCACUCCAUCAUCAGUCGCCAGGCAUCCGAUGGCAUGAGGAUGAACACCGGGCUGCCGGCCGUCCCCCAGUCGGCAUCCCCCUUCAUGUCACUCAAGGGCAUCGUCGCCAAGGCUGACCCCAAGGUUCGCAUGACCUCUCCCCCUCCUGAUCUGGGCAAGUCAUUCGACUGGUCGUCAGUGCAGUCAACCACCCAGCCCAACACUCCGUCUGCUGGGUUUGGCAUGCGGACAGAUUCAGCCAGUUUGAUGGCAGACUCUGGGCUGAAGGACCUUGUCACCAAGUACGAGGAUGGAGAGCGGGGAUCACUCAAUAAUGUUUUCACCACGCUUAUGGACCCGUGGCUGGCUUACUGCAACAAGCUUGGUACUCCGUCAGUGUUCCCGGUGUCAGCUGAACCUACUGUCCCGCUACUCCGUGGACUACGUGAUGUACGAAAUGCAGAACAUCAUCAAGGACCUGUCCCCCACCAUUGUCCCCGUGCUUUCAAGAUCGUCAAGGGACAUAGCAUGGACGCCCCACUGGAGGGCAUCCCCUACCAUCCAUGCCGGCACCCAGUGCAGCCUCAUUCAUCCUUGGAGACCUCCCUUGAUAUGAACGUGUCACGUCAGAGGUCGAUGGACUUUAUUCUGAUUGGUCGAGAUGUUGAACAGUGGAAGACGUUUGUGUACGAUGGCUCUGUUAUGGAUCAGCCAGCGUUUACGUCAACACCUGUCACAAAAUCCUACCAGACAGUUCAGAAGUUCCAACCUCUCUUGUCUGCUGACGGAACGAAGAGUCAGGAACUUGGCAGAUUCACCUUGACCUUGGAGAACCCCUUCGUCCCCAGACAGAGGCUGCUCAUCAUCUUCAUCAAGGACAGACAGCUAUCAGUGUACACAUACAACUGGGCAGGGGACGUGACGUCCCACCUGGAGGAGAAGAUCAACAAGCUGGUCAAGUGGAACAAUGACCGGAGCCAGGUCCUGGGCAGCAUCAUCAGCCAGAAACUCGGACUCUUCCACCACAACUCCUUCUCUGACGCCACCAACACCCAGGAUGUGAGCCAGCUCUCGGACUUCGACAGUCUGAUCAAACACCAGGCCCCUCCCCAGCGUGACACCCAGCGUCGACACAGCAGCAUGUCGGCCCGUGAUCGCGGAAUCUCUCGCAUGAUGAGCAUCUUCAGACCGUUUGACAAGACAUACAAGAACCUGCAGCCUCCCCGCCCACUGCAGAACACCACCCUCAUGUCCCUGCGUGACCCGGUGUCGGUCCACGGCAAGCAGGCCCAGGAUAUACGCAGCCAGUGUCGGAGAGACACUGACCGCUUGGGCAAGCUACGGCAGCUGUAUGUGGGAUGGUUACAGAAGAACAUUGCUAAUCCACCAGUUUCUGAGGACUACCUUCUCCUGUUGAAACAGUCUUCUCGGCUGUUCCACUACUGCGCCACCCCACUGCUGUUCCACCCACAAUGGCGACAGCGAGUUGUGGAGAAGCCUCUCGCCUUUGUCAGACAGGAAUCGACUGUUACACUGAGUCCUCCAGCCGAGAAGCCAGAGGGAUCGAAAUCUUGUAGUCCCAGCUGUGGGCUACACGUGCCCUUGUUGCAGUACUUUGGGGAAGUAAGUCAGCGUUGUAGAUUGCUGCCAAUCUUUCGUUCAUUGCAGUGGUUCUGUCAUCAAACUCCUCUGUUGUCGUCAUUGCUGAAAGCAGUGUUACUCCAGAGGGCAGUCCCUCAGGAAGUGUCAUUCAUAACACGAUCUCGCCACAGUUCUGGAGCCUCAAUAAGCAGCCUGAGAACCAAACGCUCCGACAGUCAGGAUGGCAGGAAGAAAUCUGUGACCCCCCAGGACUCCGAAGUCCGCCCCAAGCCCCCUGACCCCUCCCUCGAUGAGGCGUGGCAUGCUGAGCUUCGUCGCAGCUUCAUCAACCAAUACAAGAGCUACCUGAAGGAUCUCGGCUUUGUUGUCAUCAAAGUGCAGCAUGCUCCGUCAAAGAAGAGUUGUUUAGCUUCCAUUGUCGUGGUGAUUCUAGGGUACCCCAUAUGUGUAUCUUGUGUUUGUGCCCCAUGCCAGUCUUGCUACUCUAGAACGUUGCCAUCACUGAUGGUGCCCCCAGACAGCCAUGCUCCGUCAAAGAAGAGGUACAGCAAGGUGGUGCCCCCUGACGGCCAUGCUACACUGCUUGAUGAUGACCGGAAGUCGACGAUGGUGUUCAGUCUCCAGAAGACAUUCCAGUCCGGUAUCAUGAUGAUGGAGAUUGGGUUCCGAGAUGCCUACUUCUGUGCGAAGAUGUUCGUCUUUGAUGCACAGAGUCUCGGGACUCCAGUCAACCAGCAGAUGCGACUGCUGUUUGUUGACGAGUGCGAGAAGUGCAAGGACCUGAUCCACGUCCACUCCUUCGCAUACGACUUCCACCUGCGCUGCAUCCAGACCUACCUUAGCGGCGAGGCCUGCGUCUUCAACCAGGGCUUCCACCUCACCAGCUUCCUCGCAGACUUCAUCCGCAUCUACCCCUACCCUCCCAGCUUCUCUCGUAACUUCCUCCGUCAAGAAUCUGCUGUUCUGCCAGACCUGCCCUGCCCCAGCCCCCAGCUGUUUGACUACAUGCUGAAACAGAUGAAACAACAUGAGAUGAGGGUGUUCAAGAUGGUCCCUGCUGUUGAUGCUGACCUUGACCCAGAGUACAUCUUUGUGAAGGCAGAUGAGUUUGCUCUUGUCCGACACAAGAAGCUAAAGCGUGACACGACGGAUGUGACAGGAAUGGAGGCGUCAGAUGAGUACGAUGUGGGACUGGUCAUCAUCCAUGACAACCCCCGGGGCCUCCUACAACCCGAGGGGGAGCUGAUGGUUCUCAAACUCAAGUUCUUUGUUGUACUGACUCGACGCAAGGAUUGCUUCCCCUUGAGGUCUCUGGAUAAGAAGAUCGGAGAGUUCAGAUCAGCAGCAACCAAAACAGCAUUAGGAAUGUUGGACACCCUGACCACAGCAUCAGACGAGGAGGCCAGCCGGCCAGUAUCGGUCAAGCAGCAUCUGAGUGUACGUCAGGAGAAGGUCAACUACCUGGGGUAUUCCAACGUCCACCAGACCCCCAUCUACGACCUGUUGGUGAAGGAGGUGCAGGCAGGGAGAGACAAGAUUGCAGAGAUGGUGGAGCUGUCGAAGGUGAAGUGUCGCCGGGAUUAUCUUUGGAACCGGAUGAAGGUUAUGGACGAGGACACUCGCAAGAAGAAACGCAGCGAGACUGACGAGAGCAGAGACCUGAAUCUGGCCCGACUCUGCUUUGAGGAGUACUUGGAGCUCCUAGGGAUGGUGACCCGGACACCCCUGGACGAGGUUGAUCCCCAGCUCACCCCCUUCCUUAACAUGCCCCUACAGUGGUACACCCUGCUGUUUGACGUUCUCAUCAACAAAUACCCCGACACCCACCGCAGCUUUGUCAGUGGCGACGGCCAACAGAGACACGUUCUAAUACUCAAUCCCAACAACCUGGAUAUGUUCAUGAUGACCUCCGUUGACUACAAGGCUAACAGAGGGGAGCUGUGUAUUGUCCACCUGGAGCCGCAGCUUGACCAGGAACACACACCAACCAACCCCAACCUACCAGUGUUCACAACACAGUCUCACAUCGAAGACUUUGUCAAUGCUUGUAUAUUCCACACAUGGACAUACAUGCUGCAAUAGACAUCGAUCCAUCUGUGUUGUCAACAAGUCUUCCACAUGCUGCAGGAUGUAGACAGCUAUGGCAGGCAGCCUGGUGUUGAUUCAUCAGACUCCUAGAACCAAGUGAUCCAUGCUGUCACUGGACCAUCACGGACCCUCCACAGUUCCUAGUGCUAAAUCUCUUAAGUGGACAUACACUGUGACUUUCAUGCUGUACAUAUAAGUAAUGGAAUCUAUACAAUAAUGUUUGAUAUUGGUUUGUGCAAGGUGAAAGUGACAGCAACUGAGUUGUAAUAUAGAGGCAUUGUAAAAAUUUUAUACCAUAGUCUUUCAAUAUUAAAUCUCUUCGCUACAGUGUUGUACAUAUACUAAGACAUUGUCUUAAACUAAAUUUUCAAAGUAUUGUACGUCUAAAGAUUUUUGUGUGGAAUAUAGUUAUGUUAGUCUGAAAACUCUUUAAACUGAUUUAGUCAGCUUAAAGUGUUCAUGAUAUCAGGGCUGUCAUAAUUCCAUUGUUUAAGAAAACGAAGGAGCUGACUGAAUCAUGGCAUUCUGAUCAGAUUCUUGAUGCUUGUAUUGUUAUAGUGUUUUCCUUCGUAACGGUAGGUUUGCAGGAUUGUCGUGACAGUUUUGCUUGUAUCCAUCUACUUAUUUUGCUAAUGUGUUUGAAUGAUAAUAUUUGAAAAAUAAGUAGGUGCACAAUAUACAGUUCAUAGAGGGGAGGCCGGUCAGUGGACGUACUGAAUGUCUCUGUUGGAGGUGAGAAUGGUGAAUGUUUCUCUCUCAGGUGAGAAUAUUGAAUGUCUCUGUUGGAGGUGAGAGUGUUCAUGUUGAAUGUCUCUGUUGGACAUGAGAGUGUUCAUGUUGAAUGUCUCUGUUGGAGGUGAGAGUGUUCAUGUUGAAUGUCUCUGUUAGAGGUGAGAGUGUUCAUGUUGAAUGUCUCUGUUGGAGGUGAGAGUCCAUGUUGAAUGUCUCUGUUGGAGGUGAGAGUAUUCAUGUUGAAUGUCUCUGAUGGAGGUGAGAGUGUUCAUGUUGAAUGUCUCUGUUUGAGGUGAGUGUGUUCAUGUUGAAUGUCUCUGUUGGAGGUGAAAGUGUUCAUGUUGAAUGUGUCUGUUGGAGGUGAGAGUGUUCAUGCUGAAUGUCUCUGUUGGAGGUGAGAGUGUUCAUGCUGAAUGUCUCUGUUGGAGGUGAAAGUGUUCAUGAUGAAUGUCUCUGUUGGAGGUGAGAGUGUUCAUGUUGAAUGUCUCUGUUGGAGGUGAGAGUAUUCAUGUUGAAUGUCUCUGAUGGAGGUGAGAGUGUUCAUGUUGAAUGUCUCUGUUGGAGGUGAGAGUGUUCAUGUUGAAUGUCUCAGUUGGAGGUGAGAGUGUUCAUGUUGAAUGUCUCAGUUGGAGGUGAGAGUGUUCAUGUUGAAUGUCUCAGUUGGAGGUGAGAGUGUUCAUGUUGAAUGUCUCUGUUGGAGGUCAGUGUUUAUGUUGAAUGUCUCUGUUGGAGGUGAGAGUGUUCAUGUUGAAUGUCUCAGUUGGAGGUGAGAGUGUUCAUGUUGAAUGUCUCUGUUAGAGGUGAGAGUGUUCAUGUUCAAUGUCUCCAUUCUGAGGGAGUGACUGUGCUUGAGACAGUAACAUGUGCUUGAAAAGGUUUUUAGGAGAGAUAUCUGUUUCAAACGAGUUGAAUGUCAACUAUCUAGUCAUUAAGUCAGUAUUUACAUAGUGACUUUGUUUGGUCAGUUUGGUUGAAGGCUUCUGUAAGUUCCAUCACAGCAUGUCAGCUGGAACCAAUGAGCUGGGCUCUAACAUACCAACAGUCAGAAUUGGGAUUCAACCUGAUGACCAGCAUGAUCCUGGCAUGUGUAAGGGAAGCAACUCUGUAUUGGUUGCUGCCCCUUUUUCACAAGGCCACCAGUCUAAAUCACUUGUAUGAAUGGUGAGCACAAAUUGACAUACAAUGAGUAUUAGAUUUUUAUUUGUGUAUUUGACACUAGUAUUUGAGUAUGAAUGUCAGUAAAACUAUUGUAUAUAGUGAUUAGUGCUCAGACUUAUGUGUUUUGCUCAUGUAUUCCCCUCAUAUUUUAUGCUGCAUUAUUGAGUACUGGUAUAAUUUCCAGUAUAGUCCUGACUAUACUACCUACAGAAAGUAAGGGAAUGCAUGUAGUGUUGAAUAUGUUUGUGUUUAGUUUUAGUUAUGUUGGACCCUAAAAUUGUGUUCUAUUCUUGACAAGCAUUGUUUUAGAUUAUUGCAUCCCAUUUGCAAUAAGAAUGGAUUAAAAUAUUGACUAUACUUACAAUUGUAUACCAAAGAGUAUAGAUGUUGAAAUGUUUGGAGUGAAUUAGGGUAAUAGAGAUUACUACUGUCCAUCAGAUACCAGUUGUCUUACAGGAUGAAUUGACAGAGGUGAGUGUGUUCUAUCAUCACUGGUGUACCUGACCCAGACCUAAUUACUUCCAGAUAUCUGUGACGUAAAACAACAUUCAUACAUUUUGUCUUGAAACCUUGUCUUUGUGUGAUGACUUGGCUGUGGGGGUGAUCAGUAACUGUUGGACUAUUACACCUUAUGCCGAGUAAGCUGGUGAACAUUGCAGUGUAGGUACAAGGGUUUGUUCAUACAGAUGUACUGGAUCAUGUCACACAUACAAAACUUGCAAAUGGGAGAAA